UCUAAUUAAAUUAAUGAAACCACUCGGGUCGCUUCUAUUUAGAAGUUGAAUCGGUGCUACGGGGUAUGGAGGCGAAGACACAUGGCGAGGAUGAAUCCGCAUAACUCAACCGCCGAUCUUCUUUCGGAAUCUCUCCAAGCUGCUAACGAGCCGUCUGAUGUAGCCAGCAAGAACCUUAGUUGCGGUCAAAUCACCAACGAGGAAGAUGAAUCUCUUGACAAGAAAAACAAGUGUUGUAGUGACAUUGUCUCUGAUUCAAAUUACAAGAGAGGACUCAAUUGCCAUCAGGAGGACCAGCGGAGGACGAGUCUAGUAGCAUCGAUUGUGGAGACACCCUCAUCUCACGACGCUCCCACUAGGAGAACCAUUGAUCUUGGUCAUGGAAGUGACCUCAUCUACAUCCAGAGGUUUCUUCCCUUUCAAAAGUCUUGGACUUUAUUUGAUUAUCUCGACAAGCAUAUUCCUUGGACCAGGCCCACCAUCCGCGUCUUUGGUCGUUCUUGCCUCCAGCCAAGAGAUACAUGUUACGUUGCAAGUAGCGGAUUGACUCCGCUAAUGUACAGUGGAUACCGACCUGAUGCCUAUUCUUGGGAUGACUUUCCACCUCUCAAGGACAUCCUUGAUGCUAUUUGCGUAGCGUUUCCUGGAAGCAGAUUCAACAGCUUGCUUUUGAAUAGGUACAACGGCGCCAACGACUACGUUGGUUGGCAUGCUGAUGAUGAAAAGCUUUACGGCCCCACUCCUGAAAUUGCUUCCCUCUCUUUUGGAUGCGAACGUGACUUUGUGCUCAAGAAAAAGAAACUUCAAGACUCUUCCCGUGAGAAAAGAGGAGAGGGUGGACCAGCGAAGAAGAGGUUGAAGAAAAGCAGCAGCGGAGAGGAGGAUCAGCAUAGUUUCGCAUUGAAGCAUGGAUCGUUGCUGGUGAUGAGGGGAUACACGCAAAGGGACUGGAUUCAUUCUGUGCCAAAGCGUGCAAAGGCGGAGGGCACUCGUAUCAACCUCACCUUCAGGCUUGUUUUGUAAACCAUGCAUCAUUCAUCAUCAUCAUCAACAAGCUUAGCUUGAUCUCAAGUCACAUUGAUUGACUAGGCUUUUCUCAUCUUAGUUCUUCGACAUGAGAUAUAACAUAUAAGUUGGUGUAGACAUUUUGAAAAAUCUUAAUUACUAAUUAACGUGAAGAUUAUUA